GCCUCUCCCAGUUGAACCAGUGUGACCGAAGACAUCAGAGAAGAAAUACGUCUGUGCACCACAAAGGACAAAAGAAGGCUGAUAUGGACUUCACACUUUGAAGCCUAAAGUACCAUAAAGUUCACAAUGAUUCUCCGUUGCAGAUUCAGCACCUUAAUUCUCCUGGGCGUCCUGCAGGGGGCAGCAGUGGUGCUGUUCUACGACAGGUUCUGGUGCGCCGGGAUCCGCCCCCAUCUCUCCCCUCCCCCGGAAGGCCGCAAGGUCCACGUUCUGCUGCUGUCGUCGUGGAGAUCUGGCUCGUCCUUCCUGGGCCAGGUGUUCAGUCAGCAUCCGUCUGUUUUCUACCUCAUGGAGCCUGCGUGGCACAUAUGGGCUGGAAAUCACAGAUCCGGUGCAAAGAGUCUCCGGGUGCCUGUGAGGGACAUGCUGCGGGGUUUGUACAAGUGCGACUUCUCGCUGAUCAGAGGCUACCUGCCAGGAAACCCUCAUCUGUCCUCCCUUUUCAUGUGGACGCGGAGUCGGGCGCUGUGCUCGCCGCCGCUCUGCCCCGUCCGGUCAGCCAAUGAGAGUCAGUGCAAGCAGGCGUGUCACUUUGCGAGCCUGGACAGGGUGCGGGACGCCUGCGCCACGUACACUCAUGUGGUUUUAAAAGAAACCCGCUUCUUUGAGAUGGAGUCCCUUUAUCCCCUUCUGCAGGACCCCGACCUGGACCUCCGGGUGGUCCAUCUGGUCCGGGACCCUCGGGCCGUGAUGCGGUCCAGAGAGGAGUCGGCCUACCUCCUCGACGGGGACAGCGCGAAGGUUCUGGAGCACAGGAACGUGUCCGCGGCCGACAGGCAGUACGAAGUCAUGCGUGAAAUCUGCCGCAGUCACCUGGAGAUUUAUGAGAGGGGGGUCUUCGACCCGCCUCCGAUUCUGGAGGGUCGCUACAAACUGGUCCGCUACGAAGACGUGGCACGAAACCCACUGACAGAGUUGAAUAAUAUUUACGAGUUCGCAGGUUUGAAGAUGACCUCCGAGGUGGAGGAAUGGGUCCAAAGGAUGACGCAUGGACCGGGGAAAGGCGGUGAGAACGAAGCUUUCCGAGUCACUUCCAGGGACGCAGCCGAAGUGUCGCAGGCUUGGCGCACCGUGCUGAAGCACAGCAAGGUCCGGCGCGUUCAGGAGCUGUGCAAAGGCGCCAUGUUGCUGCUCGGCUACAGGAUGGUAAACCGCGAAGAAGAACAGACGAAACUCGAUAUCGACCUGUUAUACCCUGGGCUCCCAUAAAGAGUUCAGCUUCCAAGUUGGACCAAAAACAAUGUAGGGGGGCAGCGCCGAUUUAUUGGUGCCGAUUUCCUUGGCGAUCGGCUGAUUUUUACAUGUAAAGGCGAUGUUAUCCGCUGAUGCUAUUAACCUCGGCAAAGGUCUAAAAAUCAACCGCUGUGCUUUUCUUUUCUCCCUUGAGAGAGGUUUCACUGACCCUAACCCUGACCCUGACCCCUACUGGCCAACCAGGUCAUGUCUGCACACUUACAAUUAACAAUAGUCACCCAAAAGAACAAUCUGGACAAAUCACUACUGCAGAAUUACAGUCUGAUCUCCAACCUCCCAUUCAUCAGCAAAGUUAUUGAAAAAACUGUGUGUAAACAAUUAAAUAGUUUCCUCAUGAUGACCAACUGCUUUGACUCUGUCCAAUCUGGUUGUUGUGCUCACCACAGCACUGAGACUGCCCUCGUAAAAGUAUUCAAUGAUAUCCAUAUAAAUACGGACUGUGGGAGAACCACAGUGCUGGUUCUGUUGGACCUCAGUGCAGCUUUUGACAUAUUACUGAAUCGACUGGAGAGUUGGGUUGGAUUCUCCAGGUCAACUGGCUUGAAUCUUACAUAAAGAACAGGAAUUUCUUUGUUUCAAUUGGAAACUUCUCAUCAAAGAGGUCAAAGGUCACAUGUGGAGUACCCCAAGGUUCAAUCUUAGGACCCCCCUUAUUCAAUAUUUAUAUUCUCCAAUAUAUUUAUAUGAUCCAGAACGCCGCUGCUCAUGUUCUCACCAGAACCAGGAAGAUAGAGCACAUAACACCAGUUUUAAAGUCCCUCCACUGGCUCGCUGUAGCUCAAAGAAUUGACUUUAAAACCACUGAACGGCUACAGUGAAUGUUGUUGUAUCAACCUUCCUGACCUCUCAGGUCUUCUGGUUCUGGUCUGCUCUGCAUCCCCAGAACCAGAACCAAAAGAGGAGAAACAGCAUUCAGCAUCUAUGCACCAAAAAUUUGGAACAAACUUCCAGAAAACUGUAAAACAGCUGAAACACUGACUUCCUUUAAAUCUCAAAUAAAAAUGCAACUGUUCAGAAUUGCAUUUGAAACGUAAUCAAUUAAAAAUGUAAUGAUGGAACUUGACUUAAUGUAUUGUUUAUUCUAUGUUGCAUGGCUUUGUGUUUAUGAUGUAAAGCACUUUGAAAUGCCUUGCUCCUGAAAUGUACUAUACAUAUAAAGUUUGAUUGAUUCUUUCUUUUUGUUCCAGUCGUCAUGUGGACAGAAAUGUUUCUCUAUAACUGUCAUGAUAGGGUUUAGACUUCUUGCCCACAUGCAGAACACCACAGGAGAAGAAAGUUAGUUUUAGAUAUUUAUUACAAUAAUAAUGCAUCCUUCGGGAGGUUCAAAGAAACAACUCGGAAGUGUGCACCAUGUGAUGAUAUCACUCAGGUGUCGACGUGUUGGCAGCCAGAUCCCUACAUCCUCCAGAUGAUGAUGAGUAAACACAGACAGGUGCGCCGAAUGACGAGCACGCCCCUCCAGGUAAGUGUCUCUGGCGUCAUCUUGUGGCCAAUGUGGCGACCGGCAGCAGGAUCAAAACAAACAAAGACAAGAACCUCCCAGAACCUGACAAUAACGACACAUUUACAUGGAAAACUCGUGCGUAUCAAUGUGUCAAUUUUAAUCAGAAAAAGAAAAGUCAGAAGAAUUUAUUCAUUUUAACCCAUGAAGUCAUCGCAACAUUCACUAACAAUAUUUUAACCAACU